UUGAGAGUUAGGGUUAGUAAAAAAAAAAGACUUAUACUUAAGAAGAAGAACCAGAAAAAGAAGAAGAAGAAGAAUAGUGACAGAUACACAGACAGUUAAAGAAAAGUGAUGACCAACUAGUAAAACUCUCAAUCCACUAUGGUGGAACGAUGAAGAAAGAAGAUGAUGGUUACAAUUAUAUUUGUGAAUUGGGUUGUAAGAGCAUUUCCUGGAAACUUUCUGAGAUUCGAUGGCUGAAGUUUGAAAAAUUCAUUCAAUCUGUAGAUGUUACGACACCUAUUAGCUUAGUCUGGUUUAAAGAAGCAAGUGAGGAAACGAAGAUGAUGAAGUAUGUGUUUGAUAAGACUAGUGAUGACAUGCUGGAGCUGCGUUUUUCUGCAGAAGCAGCCGGUGAGGUUGAUGUGUAUCUUGAACAUGAUUGUAAAUGGGAAGUUGAUGGUGGAUAUGAACCUGAUGAGGAUGAGAUAAGAGCAGAAGAAGGAAGUGAAUAUGGCAAUGACAAUUCAGAUGAAGAUGAUAAGCCACCAAAAGAAGAUGAUGAGCCUGAGGAAUCUGAAGACGAAACACCUGCAGGUGAUGGUGAAAAUGAAAAGGGGAAAUUUGGUGAUGAUUUAGAUGAAAUUCAAGAACAAGAGACUGUAAAUCAGAAUGGGUCAGAGGGUUUGAAUGCAAAUCAAAUUGAGGUUGAUGAUGGGGAUGAGGUUGUUAUAGAUGCAGGAGAUGGUCGUGAUGAUGAUAGGUUUCAGUCUGUAUUUGAGGAAGGUUCAAGGAUAAAUGCAGAGUUAGAUAAUGCAACUCGAAAACUGGCAGAAGAGCAAGCAACAGAAAGAAGGGAAGAGGAAGUAGAAACUGAUCCAGAAUUCGGAUUAGAGGAUUCAAAAUAUCCAGAUACACCAUUAGAAUCAGAAGAAGAGUGGGAAGAGUGGAAGAAUCCAAGAAGAGAGAAGAGGAAAGAUAAGUUUCAUGGAGAUUUGAAUAAAGAGCCUUACAUCUGGUUGUUUCAGACUUUCAACAGCGGAUUAGAGUUCAAAGACCAAUUGCUCAGAUACUCAUUACAUACUCAGUAUGAUGUUAAAAUGGCAAAGUCAGAAGCAAACAGGAUUGCUGCUGUUUGUUGCAAGGAUAAAUGUCCAUGGAAAAUUUUCUGCUCAGUUGAGCUUCCAAUAAACAAGUGGAUGGUUAAAUUAUGUCACUACAAGCACAACCAUGGGAAGUCUAGCAGAGUAUCAAUGCUGAAGCAAGGUGUUAUAGCAGGCUUAUUCAGAGAGGAGAUAAGAAGGAAUGUCAAUUUAUCAGCUGCAAAUAUAAAGGACAUCAUCAAAGAAAGGUAUGAUAUAGUUGUUAACAUAUCAAAGUGUUAUAAAGGAAGAAGGAUUGCUUUGGAUUCAGUUCUAGAAGCUCAGGCAAUUCAGUUUGCUAAGCUUUGGAAUUAUGAGGCUGAGCUUAAACGGUCUCACAAGGACAUCAAAACAGAGAUUGUAACAGUUGAGAACAAUGGUAGACAACAAUUUCAGGCUUUCUAUAUCUGUUUUGAUGAGUUACGGAGAACAUGGCUGAAGUGUUGUAGACCGGUGAUUGGCUUAGAUGGAUGCUUCUUGAAGUGGGAUUUAGAGGGUGAUUUGCUUGCAGCUGUUGGUAGAGACGCAGAUAACAAGAUGUAUCCAAUUGCAUGGGCAGUUGUAACUGGUGAAAACAAAGACACUUGGGGUUGGUUUAUCAAUAAAUUGAAGACGGAUUUAAACUUAGGCGUGGGCGAAAAUCUCACCAUCAUUUCUGAUAAACAGAAGAGUCUUGUUAUUGCUAUGGGUUCAGAACUUCCUCAAGCAGAGCACCGUAUGUGUGCAAGGCAUAUUUAUGGUAAUUGGAAGAAGACUUUUUCAAGGUCAGAAUACAAAAAUUUGUUUUGGGGUGUUGCAUACAGCUACCAUCAAGGGGAGUAUGAGGAGAAGAUGAAGUUGGUGUAUGUGUAUGAUCCUGUUGCCUAUGAGGCUUUAUUAAAUUAUGAACCAGAGAAGUGGUGUAGAGCAUUCUUUAAUCCUGAGUCUCAUUGUGCUGAUGUGCACAACAAUCUUUCAGAAGCAUUUAAUAGAACAAUUAGAUAGCAAGAAGUAAGCAUGUCAUUACCAUGUUGGAAGAUAUUAGAAGACAAGCCAUGGUUAGGAUUUCACGUAGGUGGGCAAAAACAGAUAAGUGUAAUUCCUUUCUCACACCAAUCACAAUGGCAAUAUUGGAGAAAGCACGGGUUGAUAAGAAGUAUUGCAGCACAUUACGCAGUAGCUCCUAUAUUUAUGAGGUAAAUGAGUUUAAUGUUGGAUAUACAGUUGACUUAGCAAGACACCAAUGUGCAUGCCGAAGAUGGGAUCUUACAGGAAUACCAUGCAAACAUGAUGUAUGCGUAUUAGAUGACAACCAAGAUGAUCCAGAGAAAUAUGUGGCUAGCUAUUAUGAAACUUCAUGCUUCAAGAACACAUAUGUGGAAAAUAUCAAACCUGUUAAUGGUGAGCAGUUCUGGAGUAAAACAGGGAAACCUCCUAUUGCAAUUCCAAACAUUCGUAAGCCAAGAGGUCGGCCAAAAAAAUGUGAUAGGAAGAAAGAGCCCUUUGAAUGACUUAAAAAUCAUGGAAAAUCAACAAGACAUGGUAGGAUACCACAUUGUAGCCGUUGUGGUCAAGCUUGACAUAUCAAGAGUGGAUGUAAAAAUGAACCAGCGGUUGUGGAGGGACCAAAAAACAGGCGUGGUAGACCACACAAACAACCAUCUGAGUUUCCACCAUUGCGUCAGCCAAAGCCAAGAAAGAGUAAGGCCAAACCAGUUGGUGAAUCCCAACCAUUAGCUACUAAUGAAACAUUUCCUGCUUCUUCUAGUGCACCUCAGCCUUCAGUCUCUUCUAACAAACCAAAGCCAAAGAAGCGUGGACGCCCACUUAAGGUAAGGAAAGUGGAAAACAUUCCAAGGGGGGUUGGAACAUUUUGGAGUCCCUUCACAGAUCGACCUUUUGAAGUGUUUGGAGACAGAGUUUAUGAUAGGUCUCGAAAUGAUCCUUAACCUCUUGUUUGAAAUCUGGAGUUUAUGUUUGGUUUAUGUAUUUUUUUGACACUGAUGUCUUUUUGUAAUCACUCAGAAGCAUUUUGUAUGAACAUGAUUUAUGUUUUAUGGAAUGAUUUCUUUUUCAUCUAA